UUCCUCCCGGACCAUGACCGAGAUUACCUGCUGCUCCGGGCAGCCUUGACCCACAGCCCUGUCGACAGAGGCCCAGAUGAGGGUGCUCGGUGAGUCCCAGGGCAGGGAGGUGGGUCCUUGGUUUGAAACAGGCUGCUUGGUUCCUGCGCUGCCCAAGGUCUGUGACACACUCCAGGAGAUCUGUGCGCCCACUGCCCACCACACGAGGGGAGCUGGGUGCCCACCGUUCAUGUAAUGCUUGGGAAGAGGGGGCCAGGUCCCAUCAGGCACUGGUAAAGGGGCAGUGUCUGUUAUGGGGGAGGUGGCAGGGGUCCUGGCAUGGGGGCAGAGCUCUGUGACGAGUCCUGAGGCAAAGUGGAGCAAACCAAGGCCUGGAGAGCUCUGCCAGUGGCCCAGGAUCAACAUGGAGGCUCCCUUGUGCAGCAUAGGCCUCUGUCUCCGCCAGGCGCAGGGCCAAGCUUCCCUGCCUGUAGUGCCCGGGGUGCAGUUGCUAGGCACAGGAACAGCAGCCUGCUCUGAUACUGCCAUAGUUCAGCAGAGGGGCAGCAGGAGCCCCAGCAAGCCUGCUCCUUGGUUCUAAGGCAUGAAUGGCUCUGUGUCCGUGGAGCUGGGGGUGGGGCGGAUGCUGGGCUGGAUGGGCCAUUGCUCUGCUCCGACCCAAGCAGCUUGGCAGGCUGAGGACAUGGCUGUGGGGAGUCCCUUCAGGCCGGGUGGGUUCUGACACCAGCUCGUCUCCUCCCCACAGGCCGGAGCGAUACUUCGGGAAAGAUCUGUGGGCAGAGAAGUUUAAGAUGUUUCACCCGGAUUUUAUCCGCUACGUCAGGAAUCGGUUCCUCCGCUCCAGCAUUUUGGACACCCCGCAGUGGAGGCUGUACCGUCCCUCCACCGGGGCAGUGAUGCUGUUGGCUGCCCUCCACACCUGCGAUGAGGUAAGCGCCUACGGGUUCAUCACCCCCAACUACCGGGCCUACUCCGAACACUACUUCGACCUGACGCACAAGGCCCUGCUGUUCUACGCCAACCACGACCUGCGGCUGGAGAUGAGCCUGUGGCAGGAGCUGCACCAGAGCCGGCUCAUCAUGCUGCACACAAGAGGCUGAAGGUUGGGACCGCGCUGGGUGGUGCAGAGCGAAGGGCCUGACACGCCGGCUCAGGCCGGCACCUGCCUGGUGGGACACUGGGGCAGACACGCCGGCACUGCGCUGGGAACAAACCCUCCGUCAAGCCGGAAGCUGGGACCUGGACCUCAGGGAAGGAAAAACCCCGUUGGACUGUCCAGCCGGUUGCCCCACCGUGCCCAGGGCAGGAUGCUGUGAGCUGGGCUCGUGCCUACGCCAUGAGUGGAAUGAGUUUGUCAGGCCUCACCGUGGCUUCACAGCAGAUGGAGAGGUGCCUGGUUGCUUAGGGAGGUGUCCUGCUGCACUGGGUGACGCUGCCCAUGGCCGCCUGCCAGCCCCAGGGCAGUUCCCGCCCCGACCCGAGCGGAGUUGUCACCUGACCAACUAUCCCUGGAACAAAUCCAGGCUGUUGCUUUCUGUGGAGGGGAGGCCAACGGGGCUGAAUGCAGCUGCAGGGGCUGUGUAGCUUGCAGAACAGCUCGUGGGAGGUGGGCUGCAUGGCUGCCCUGAUCCAGCAGAGCCUUUCGCUGGGACUGAACUGGCGCCAUGAACAGGCCUCUGGGCUGUAACGGUGCUCACUAGGUCCCCAAGUUCCCUCCAAGCGUCCCUCCCUGCUCCUGCUGCUGCUGCUGCUGAGAAUUGCCUACUACAGGAGAGUGCCUGGCCCCGCAGGCAGGAAGCCCUGGCAUUCAAACUCCCCAGCCUGAAUAACCGAGGAAUGGGGGAGUUGGUAAGUGCCCUUACAAAGCAGAGCAAUGCCUCUGGCUCCUGGAUAGUCUGUCCCCAAAUUCCAACCAGCCUUGGGGGCAAGAUCCCAGCACUCCAGCAGCUGGGGUGUGGCAUGAGCCCCUGCUGCUAUACAGAGAGCGUCCUUCCUGGAGCCAGAAGAUCCUUUCUCUAACCAAUAGCCCCCCUUCUCCCCCUGGCCAGCCCCAUCCUGAAGUGCCAAAGAAGGGGCCUCUACCCACAUAAAAGGAAGAACAGUCUGAGAGCCAGGGAUGUCCCGACUCGGGGGCAUUGGCUAGGUGCCGUUCCUUCUGUGCCUCGGUUUCCCCAUCUGUAGAAUGGGAGUGGCCACUGUUUGUUAACAAUGGGCUCUGCUCCCGUCGGGCAGCAGGGUGGGGCUGGCACUGCCAGCUCGCAGCUGGGCACCAGGCUGGGCUAUGCAGUGCCCUGGCGUCCGUGGGGCAGAGCAAGGCUGCACCAGCCACCCUUUGUUCCAGCAGCAUUAAUCAGAGCUAACUGCCCCAGUGCACCCUGGAUGCUUCAGGCUCUGAAUCAAUUAAUCAUGUGAAAUCUGACGGGGGAGCAGGGAGGGGAAGCAAUUCCCAUCCUGGUGGGAGUCAGCCCCUUGCAUGGCCAAGGACGUAAUCCCAGGCACCUUCCCCUCCUCACUCCGGUGCUCUGCUCUCCCCCCUAGGCCCAGUGCUCUGUGCUACCCCCAACACAGCACUCUGCUGCCCCGGCACUCUGCGCUGCCCCAACCCCAGCACUCUGCGCUACCCCCUAACCCCAAUGCUCUGUGCUGCCCCGGCACUCUGCGCUACCCC